GGUUAGAACUUAGAAGCCUAAUCCAAUUUCAUAGAUCAUUUUUUAUCCCUCGCUUCGGAUCAGAAUCGGUUAACUUCUUGAAUUUGGGCGAAGCUUGCGCGGAGGAAUCCUUGAAUUCGGGAAAAUGAGAAAGCAAGUUCUGAGCUUGACGGAGUCGGCGGCGGCGCGAAUCCGGCAGCUGUUGGAGCGUCGCCAGCGGUCUUUCCUCAAGCUCGGCGUCAAGGCUCGCGGUUGCAACGGCCUAUCGUACACCCUCAAUUACGCAGAUGAGAAGGGGAAAUUUGAUGAAUUGGUUGAGGACAAGGGUGUGAAGGUAUUAAUUGAUCCGAAGGCGCUCAUGCAUGUUCUUGGAACUCAAAUGGAUUUUGUUGAUGAUAAAAUCAGGUCUGAAUUCAUCUUCAUCAACCCAAAUGCAAAAGGACAUUGUGGCUGUGGAGAAUCAUUCAUGACCACAACUAGUGCAGAAGCCGCUAAGAUUCAUCACAGUAAACCACAAACAUAGUACUCAUUUCAUUUCUUUACUUGCCCGGCUGCAAGCAUAUAUGUGAUGAGCUUUUCAUACAUGUGAUAUGUUUCUAGUUGCAAAUCUCCACUUCGUGUGAAAUUCGCUACUCUCUUCCAUGUGAUAUGUUCUUUAAAUUGUAUGCAGUCAUAUGCCAUUUUUAUUUGGCUCAACUUAGCUAUUUGCUGUAAAUAAUACUCCCUAUUGAGUUUAAAAUAAAAUGUUUCCUUCUUA